AUGGCAGACCACGGCAACGAGCAACAAGUUCAGUGGAACGCCAGUCCUGCCAAUCCAAACAACUGGAGUCUUUGCAAGAAAAUCUAUCACACGAGUAUCUGCGCGAUGUAUGCUUUUACCAUUACCUUUAUGUCGUCCAUCUACUCGUCCGGUUACAGGGAAGUGAUGCAGAAAUACCAUGUCUCUUCGACUGUCUCCCUCCUAGGAGUAUCACUGUUCUGUCUGGGAUUGGCGUUUGGACCUAUGAUUGCAGCUCCCUUGAGUGAGACGGUCGGCAGGCUUCUGAUCUACCGUCUCAGUUUACCGAUAGCCGCUCUGUUUGUGAUGGGGGCUGCAUUAUCAGACAGUCUUGCGUCGGUCCUCAUCUGUCGGUUCCUUGCUGGAUUCUUUGGAAGUCCUGCUUUAAGUGUCGGUGGAGGAACGAUUGCAGACAUAUGGCAACCACGGUACAGGAAUCGAGCCGCGUCGGUCUUUGUGAUGGCACCCAACCUUGGGCCAAGCUUAGGUCCAGUGAUAGGUGGCUUCGUCCAGGAAAACAAAGGGUGGAGGUGGCUUGAGUGGGUCUCCCUUUUCCUCGCAUUGCUGACGUACAUCUGGGCAUUGGGAAUGUCUGAGACGUACAAGAAGGCUAUAUUGAAGAAACUUAAAAGGGAGCUGCUGAUUACCAAUGCAAAGUCUCAGGCGGAGUCUAUCCAGGCUGCAGAUAUGCUCAAGGCCUUGAAGGCGUGGGUGUCCACCACUCUAGGGAGGCCGCUCCAGAUGCAGGUGACAGAGCCGAUCGUCCUCUUUCUCAGUCUCUACGUGGCCCUUAACUUCGGCAUCCUGUACAACUUUUUUCCGGCAGUCCCUUGGUCCCUGUCUAGGACCUAUGGCUUCAAUCAGGGCCAGUCGGGGCUCGCAUUUGUUGCCAUCGCAAUCGGCUGUUUCUGUGCCACUGCGACGGGUGUCGGCAUAGACUUGGUUCUAAGGAGAAAGCAAAAAGGUCUUCAAGAACCGCGGCCGAACCAGCUCGAAGAUAUUCUCGUGCCAGCGGUUUUUGGCAGCUUUGGAAUUCCGAUCGGCCUGUUCUGGUUUGCCUGGACUGUCAGACCGGAUAUCCAUUGGGCAAGCCCCGUUUGUGCUUUGAUCCCAUUCGCUUGGGGCAAUCUUUGUAUCUUUGCCUCCGCCAUCAGCUACCUGGUCAACAUCUAUGGACCCACCUAUGGUGCUUCAGCUGGAGCCGCAAACGCAUUCGCCCGGUAUGGCUUUGCGGCGGCUUUCCCUCUUUUCGCCGUGCAAAUGUACGAGUCCUUGGGCACAGGAAAAGCCACCAGCAUCUUGGGAGCCUGUUCCGCCGCAAUGGUGCCCAUUCCUUGGGUACUGUAUAAGUGGGGACCAAACAUUCGCAGCCGAAGUCGCCGUGCAAUUUCGGCGAGCUUGUGA